AUGACAAUUACAGAAGGAGGAAAGUUCAAGUGUGACGUUUGUGGAAGACGUUACUCACACAAACGUUCCCUCAACCUCCAUGCCAGGCUAGAAUGUGGCAAAACCCCGCAGUUUGCUUGUCUGUUGUGCCCCUACAGAGCAAAGCGAAAGAGCACGCUGCAAAGUCAUAUGGUUUUUAAGCACUCCAGUUGUGACACUCUACCAGCCCUCCUGGAUGCCGCUGACUUCAAUCAAAGGUACAAACAUAAGUGUUCUGUGGGCAAACACAAGAAGUAUGAGUGUGGCCAGGAAGCUCGAUUUAAAUGUCCUGCGUGUCCUUACAGGUCUUUCCGGAAAGGCCAGAUGGUGCGACACACAUCUCGCUAUCACAAGGAAUUAUUCAACAUAUUCAGGAGAUAUGUCAACACAUUCAGAUUGUUCAACCACAAUAACGCCUUCUGGAGACCUCAUGUCCACUUAAGGUUCAAAUACCUUAUUUUUUACAAUUAUUGCUUGUUACUAAUUUGCCAUGUGUUGCUAGACACAAUAAAAGAAUGGAUUCAAGUUCAACUUCUACCAGACGGCUCGGCUACUUACGGAUGCAAGAAGUGUUCAAAGGUCUACAAACAUGAAACAUCGGUGUAUAAACAUUUAAAGUUUGAAUGCGGCCAGGAGCCAAAGUUCCAGUGUCAUCUUUGUCCAUACAAGUCAAAACAGGCUGGCAACAUGCGGACUCACUUGGCAAUGAAGCAUGGACACUUUAAAAAAUGAUGUAAAAGGGAAAGGUAUUUAGAUACUGAGCAGUAGAUAUCGUGUCAAUUCUAGGUCAAACAGAUCAUGUAAAUGUAAAAAUGUCUUUUUAACCAAAAAAUACUUCAACAAUACUUCUACAAAUCAACUAUGCAAUCUUAAAUAUAACCAAAUAUUCAGAAUACAUAAUUACACUAUUGACAAAAAUAAUCAGGAACAUGUGGAAAAAAUUAGGACUACUUUUUCUAGAUA